GUCAUAGCUAUUUUUUUCCCUUUCCUAAAUACCAUUCAUAACCUGAUGUCUAAUUGUUUCGUUUGUCUUUUUGGACCCAACUCCUGAAAAUAAUAUACCCAAUUCUUUUCUAACAUUCGUCGCGUCUCCAUCGCCCUCCAACCUAUAUCGAGGUCUUAUUAGUGACGCCCCGCGUAUCCUAUCCUACUAUCGUCGAUCAAAUCCCCGCAAUUUCAUACGACAAACCCAGCCUCGCAUACCCCCGACGACGUAUAUUCACCUUCGUGACUAGUAAGAGAAACCAUGGUGGUAGAUACGGCAUACUACGACGUCUUGGGCGUCAAGCCUACUGCGACUGAGCUGGAAAUCAAGAAGGCCUAUCGCAAGCUUGCUAUAGUUCAUCAUCCAGACAAGAACCCAAAUGAUCCAACAGCCCAUGAAAAAUUCCAGGAUAUCGGAGAGGCUUACCAAGUACUUUCGGACACCGAUCUAAGAAAAGCCUACGACAAAUAUGGCAAGGAUAGUGCUAAGCCUACCGAAGGCUUUGUCGACCCCGCCGAGUUCUUUAGCAGCAUAUUUGGCGGUGAGGCCUUCGUCGACUGGAUUGGAGAAAUUAGCCUCAUGAAAGACCUUACUACUACUAUGGACAUCACGAUGGCUGCAGAAGAAGGCGAGGAGGAUGACGCCGAGUUCCCAGGCACCGAGGAAGCUAUGCGAGAGAGCGCGAAAGCGUCUACUGCUGCCGGACCGCCACCCGCUGUUGUUGUCGAAGACGAGGCCGAGAAGCCGGCCUCCGAGGGCAAGGCUACUACCCACCACCGCCACACUUCUUCAGAGAAGCCAAAUCUCCCCCCUCGUGGUGCUUCGCCGUCUCCUAGUGGUUCCGGUACUUCGACCCCUGGGGUUCCCACACCUGGCAGUUCGACACCUUCGAAACACGCUAUACCAAUCCGGCCUGCACUCAUGGACCGCCCGGCGGACGAGGCGCACUUUAUGGAUCAGACGGAGGAAGAGAAGGAGUUGCGAAAGAAGGAAAAGAAGAAGGGUGGGUUAACCAAGGAGCAACGCGAGCAGUUAGCCGCGUACGAGAAGGAGCGCGCCAGAAUCCGUCAAGAACGUGUCGACACCCUCGCUCGCAAGCUUAUCGACCGUAUAUCGGUAUGGACCGAGACGGACAAGGGCCCUGACGUCACUAAGGCUUUCCAGGCCAAGACCCGCCUUGAGGUUGAAAAUCUGAAGAUGGAAAGUUUCGGCCUCGAUAUUUUGCAUGCCAUUGGCGCCGUUUACAUGUCGAAAGCUACGGCGCUCCUCAAGUCACAAAAGUUCCUCGGCAUCGGUGGUUUCUUCAGUCGUAUGAAGGAUAAGGGUGCCCUUGUCAAGGACACUUGGAACACUAUUUCCUCGGCUAUCGACGCUCAGCAGACCAUGGAGGAAAUGGCGCGUAUGGAGCAAGCUGGCGGCGAGGAUUGGACUGACGAGAAAAAAGUUGAAUAUGAGCGCAGAGUUACCGGGAAGAUACUUACCGCGGCCUGGAGAGGCAGCAAGUUUGAGAUCCAGAGUGUUUUGCGCGAUGUUUGUGACACUGUGCUUCACGACAAGAAAGUACCCCUAGGCAAGAGGCUAGAGCGCGCAGAAGCCUUAAUACUUAUUGCCGAUAUUUUCCAGAAGGCCCAGAGAUCGCCCGAGGAAGAGGGUGACUACAUGGCCUUUGAGCAAUUAGUUGCCGAAGCAACCAUCAAAAAGGAAAAGGACUCUAAGAAGAAGGGCAAAGAUAAGGAUAGGGACUCUACCAAGGCAAAAAGUGCCAGCGGGGCAGAGGCAGGCAACAUUCCUGCCGAAGCGAAUAAGGAAAGUUCUUAAUGGAUAUCGUGUCCUUGAGGGUUGGUGGUCCUCGAAAGGCUUAUCAUAAGUAAGCAAGUGUCGGAAAAGACUCCCUGAUUGCCGGAGAAGUCGAGAAGGGCUCGACGUGUGUGUGCGCGUGUUGGCCAACCCAGUUUGGCGGGUUUAUGUCAGGCAGAAAACAGGAAGCUAGCUGCUCAAGUUGCUAGUGGAUCAGAAGUAUGAGGUAGGGCGAGGAGGGACGUAAGGACGCAUCAGUGUUAUGACACUAAACCUCGCGGAGGACGGAUCAUCAGCGCGUUGAGUAUUGUAGAUUGAUCUACGGGGGCGGCUGUGGUAAGGGACGGAGGAGCUCUCCUAGUUACGAAAACGCCCACAUCAUCUCUACUCAGAGAUAUAAUGCACCACCCUGGAAUUCAUCUCCUGGUAAACAUCUCUCUUGUUGGGCCGCUCGUGAGGAAGGCAUGGCUAUUCAUCAAUAGGUAAUUAUAAAUAAAGGAUACCUAGGUAGGCAAUUAUUAUUGGCUAACCUCCUACCUCGAAGUAUACGACAUGGUUCCUUAAAACGGGAUGGCCGCUUGGGUGCAUAGAGGAUCACGAGUAGACUUCAACACGAA